GACAGCCGCUAGUCGGCUAACUGCAUCGAGCGAAACCAAAAGAGAAGCUUUUGUCGUCCGGGGUUACUUCACCCUGGCACACGCACUUAUUCAGAGAGAUAUAAUCCAAUAAUAUUACACGUCAAGAAACUUUGCCUUUAUCUUGAGGCGUCGUGUUUUGUGAGGUUUGGGGAAGAAUAAGCUGGGUAAAAACUCGCAUACGUAGUUGUGGCUAACUGCGCUAGCUCGGAGAGAAAAGAAGAGAAAAGGCCUCAGCGUCAAUUAUAUGAAGUGAGUAAGAUAAUAGCUGUUUAAAAUCAUCCUGGCAUAUCACGGUGGUUGCCAUUCACUGCUACGACUGUACGGAUCGGACAAUUUAAAAGAAGGGGCAGAACAUCGAGAAAGAAGAUGGCUUUGAAAAGGAUCCACAAGGAGCUUAACGACCUGGCUCGUGACCCUCCGGCACAGUGCUCGGCCGGCCCAGUGGGCGAUGACAUGUUUCACUGGCAAGCCACAAUCAUGGGACCUAGUGACAGUCCAUAUCAGGGAGGUGUUUUCUUCUUGACAAUUCAUUUUCCAACAGACUACCCCUUCAAACCACCCAAGGUUGCAUUUACGACACGAAUUUACCACCCAAAUAUUAACAGUAACGGCAGUAUCUGUCUGGAUAUUCUCAGAUCACAGUGGUCUCCUGCACUUACUAUUUCUAAAGUUCUUCUCUCCAUUUGCUCACUCCUAUGUGACCCCAACCCUGAUGACCCACUAGUGCCAGAGAUUGCACGAAUCUACAAAACAGAUAGUCAGAAAUACACCAAAAUGGCAAAAGAAUGGACACAAAAAUACGCAAUGUGAUGGCAUCGUUCGGAAAGCUGGAGGAAAAUGUUGUUGCUGGUUCAAACUUAAAAAAUUCCGGGAUCUUUUUUUUGUUUUUCCCCCCUUUUUUUUCCACUUUUUUUUGUUAAUCAGAGCAUUUUACCUCCUCUCCCCCCCCCCCUUACUUCCUUUUUUUUCUCCACCUGCGCGCUCAUAAGAAGAUAGUGUUUUUCUCUCUCAAGGACACGUGCCAGUUUCUGUGAAGUUUCGACUCCCGUUUUUGUACAGAGUUUAAAAAAAAGAAAAGAAAGAAAAAAAAAUCGAAAAAAAAAUCACCAUGGUUCUAAUAACUCGGUUUGAGCAUGCACCAGUAAAAGUUUCUUUUUUGUUUUCUUUUUUUCCCUCCAAACCUCCAAACUUGGUGAUAUUUGUCAUUACUCUGCACACACUUAAGUAGAAUCUGAUGCAGCUGGUCUCCUGACUCUCUGAAUAGCAUAUCGACCCAGUGCUGAUCUGUUUGGGGGGUGACUGGCUGGACGCUUCGGGGGGGUUCGUCGGUCACAACUCGACUGAAUGCUGGGUUUCUCGGGGCAUUUUGUAGAGAAACCUUCUUUUUCCAGAUCCUUAAAUUCUGCUCUUAAAUUUCCAAUUUAGCACAAAAAAAAUGUCAUCUGCUUGAUUUAUUUGAGCCUGAGGUAAAAAAAAAAAAAUCAUCUGAAAAAUGUCAAUUCUCUCUUGAAAAGCUUUGAGAAACUGGUUCGUGGGUCUUGUAUCUGCCUCCUUGGACUGGUGUGACUUCAGUCAGUAUGUUCUUCUGAUCAUUAGUAUAGGAAUCUAUUACCUGAAGAAAGAAGUGUAUCUUAUUCCACUAUCAAAGUGUGUGUACAGAGAAGCACAGCAGUAUAUAUCAAAUGUUAAGGAAACAUAAAAUAUAAGAUCUUCAAUGUUGUAUUAUUAUGCAUGUUAAUAAAGGUAGGCUAUUAUAUCUGAUAUGUUUCUGCAGAUUUAAGUGGAUUGUAAGGCUGAACAGUUGGAAAAAUUUGGUUCCCCUCAAAAGCUCUAUUUCUUUUUAUUAUUUUUUUUAUUUUUAUGUUAUUUAGAAGUCAGUAGAUGAGCUAUUAGUUUUAUGCCCACUCGAACACUGUCUUCUUGUAGCCCUAAAAUAUUGAUGCAAAGCCAAUGGUUGAUAAUCAACCUGUGGCUCUGUUUUGUUUUUAGUUUUCCCUUCAAUAAAGUUACUUAAACCAUAA